GUCAGCAACAUAAGAAUAUGGAAACCAUCUUCUAAUUUUCGAACCAAACAGCUCAAGUGUUUCGUCACUGAUUGAAUUCGGCGACGAAAUUCGGCAAUCACCUCCGCAAUCUUUGGCAUCGACUGUUUCCACUGUAAUCGCGCCAUACAAGAGCCGAAAGAAUAAGACCGCAUGGUCAGGGUGUAGUGAUGUGCUGUUCACAUUCACAUGUAUCCAAGAUGGCUUCAUAACGUGGUAACAGCAAAGUUGCAUCUUGAGCAUUGAGAACUACGAUUAAUUGCAUUGCCGCGAUUGUUUCGAGCGUCGAUUUAACGAAGAUUCAUUCGACUCGUUGCAGCUAAUUGCAACUUUGAAGCCAACAGCGAUUUCUCGAGCAGCCGAUAAGGCCACGUUACCAACCACACAUGAUGUGCUUAAUGUGGUCGUGAGCUACGAACCAUUAUCGCAGUGACUGUUCAAAGCACACCAUGUACCAGCAACCUUCUAGACAACCGCGUCACUCCUCCGGCAACAACAUGCAGCCCAGAAGUUCGCAGAACCGACAGCCCCAUCAACCCCAACAGCAGACACAGAUGGCCAUGCCCAUGGUGUCGCCGAUGAACCAGACUCAAUUCGCUUCCCCGGUCUACCCAUACCAGUCCUACCCCUUCAAUGUGGGUCAGUACCAAACGCCGUGUGUCGCUGUGGUCCAUCCGCCUAAUACAAUGAUGCUCCCAACGCAAAUGCCAAUGCCUGUCAACCCGCAGCCUCGGUAUCAGCCCCCAAUGGCCCCUAACCGGAUGAUGCAACCAAGGCAGUCUGUCUCGCUCCAGAAAACCCGCUCAAGAGCGAUCGCUAUUGUUGACCCCUUGACCAUGAAGGAGGUUAAUGUAAACGCAGACGCGUCUGAGAAUGCCGCUGUUGAAGAGCAGGUCAACGGAGAGGAGAAGGCAAAAACACCAGAAGAGCCAGUUGUAAAUGGCAUCUUGCCGGAGAAGCAGGAGGAACGUGUUGACGCGGACCAUCCUUCUCAAAGUGUCAAGCAAGUUGAUCAACCACACACUCAAGAGCCAACGAUUCCCUCCGCAGUUCAAAAUACUCAAACAGAGGUGAAACAAACAGAAAAAAGAAUGCCUAAAACGAAACGAGGUCCUCGCCAGGACAGCAGUCGGAAGUCAUCGACGGCUUCACCUGAAUUAACUCGCAAGUCGCCAGAGCCAAGUUCCUCUAUUUCGCCGCCACCGCCUGCCCAACCUGUUGCGCAGGAGCCGCCUAUGGAGGAGGCGGACGAGGACGGUGGAAGCUGGCAAGAAGCCAAACCUAGGACGCGCGGUUCCAAGAAGAAGGGUGAGCAAAGGAACGCGCCAGAGAGGCAGCAGCCGGUCAAUGACCGACAGCAGCGGCGGAAAGACGCAGACAAAAAGGGACCGAGGGUCAAGCCCUUCUCGGGCCCUAGCAACCAAAAGGCAGCGCCAGAGAAGCCUGCAGAGUCCAGCACGCCGCAGCCGCCCCCGGUCAUCAGCUACAAAGACAGACUUUUAGGCAAGAAGGAAGAAAAGAGAACACCAGAGCCCGUUACCGGUGUCGCCUCCGCCCCUGUCGCUGCACACGUCGCUGCCGCCCAUGCCCCUGUCGUCACCCCUGCACCCGUCGCCGCCCCUGUUGCUGCCACCCCUGUCGCCGCCCCUGCACAUGUCACCGUUCCCACCGCAGUGAAGAAGCCUGAACUGCCCGUCGCAGUUGCCAAGGUUGAACAAGAGGUGGUGAAAGUCGUCGUCAAACCUGAGAAAGAGACUGUUGUCGUUGCUGAAGCAAGCGUGGAACGAGCUAAGGAGAAAGAACUUAAGCCUGAACCAAAAGUGGUAGUAGUAAGUAAACCAGUCAAGGUGGAAGAGGAGAAGGAAGAAGAGAAGGAAGUAGAGGUAGGAUCAAAACCAGAGCCUGAGGAAAUAAAACCGGAGGUUGCUGAGGUGAAAGAGGUUGUGGUGGUUAAGGAGAAGAUAGAGCAGGCUGCUGAGCUAGUGGUGGCUGAGGAAAACAAAGAGGAGCUCACUCUAAGUGUGCCUUGCGUCGUUGUUGAGCCAGGGGCUGAGCCAGAUGUUGAACCAGAGGUGGAGGAGAAACCUGUGAAGGUAGAAGAGAAAUCUGUGAAGGAAGAGGUGAAGUCUGAUACAGUUGAAGUGGAGCCAGAGCCAAAGGCUAAAGUCAUGGCUGAAGAACAGAUUCCAGCACAAAAAUUAACACGUUCGACUUCCUUGCAAGAUCUGGAUUAUCUUGGAAAUCAGUGGAGUCCUAAAAACCAGACCGGCGAGAAGAGGUACGGGUCCAACUUCUUGAGGAAGUUGCAGAAUGUACCGACCAGCAUGAAGUUGCCUGAGAACGUUAACCUGCCCAAACAUAUAGCGCGUGAGGCAGGCAGCCACGAUAUCCGGCAGUUUGGAGGAGGGCCACCGUCAUUCAUGCCCUAUGGAAAGGAGAACAAUUUGAUGCCUUCGUUUGCUAACCCGACGCCAAGAAGAGAAAUAAGGAGGAUGCAAGAUGGCAGCGGGCCCAAGAUCAUCAAGAGCAUCUCAUUGUCAGCAGACGUUAAACUAAAUGAGUCUGAAAACGCGUGGAAGCCGACGCCGCGCAAGCCAAGGGACGAGGAUGACGCCUCUGAAAAGGAAGAUCUGCUUAAAAAAGUGCGCAGCGUGCUGAACAAACUCACUCCUGAGAAGUUCGAAAAGCUGCUAGGCCAGGUUAAGGAGAUGAAGAUUGAUACGAAGGACAAGCUUGAAGGCGUGAUCAACUUGAUCUUCCUCAAGGCCAUCGACGAGCCUGGAUUCUGCCAAAUGUACGCCAACAUGUGCCAUGAGCUGAGCACCUACGUCAGAUUGAGGUGUGAGGAUGAUGCCCAGACUGUGAUCUCAUUCAAAAAACUACUGAUUCAACGAUGCCAACAAGAGUAUGAGAAGCAGCAUACAAGUGAGGCUGCAGAGGCGAAAAAGGCUGAGAUGUUAGCCAAAAUCCAAGAGGCACAGGGUAAUGACAAGAAAGAUCUGGAAAUGGAGCUAGAAGAGAUUGAGAGAAAGAAGAGAGUCAGAUAUGUUGGGGUGAACCGCUUCAUUGCUGAGCUAUACAAAAAGAGUCUACUUACUCCAAUGAUCAUGCGGCGGUGCAUCAUGGAGUUGCUUAAGGAGAGGAGUGAAGAAGCCCUGGAGUGUCUGUGCAAGAUCAUAACCACCAUUGGCAAGGACCUGGAAGCAAAGGACAUAGACCUUAGGGCCGCAUUUACAGAAUUGAAGUUGCUCAUUGUGAACAAGAGCAUCUCGACCAGGGUCAGAUUCAUGAUGCAGGACGUCGUGGAGCUGAAGCUGCGCAACUGGGUGCCGCGCAAGGAGGCCGACAAGCCCAAGACGAUGGAGGAGAUUGCACAUGAAGCGAAGAUGGAGGCCGAGGCGCUUCCACCUCCUUCAUCCAUGCCGCCCGCCAACAUGGGCAACCAUCGGACACCGUCACGAGGUCACGACCGGGACAGGGAUCGAGACAGAGACAGGCAGAAUGAGCGGUCGUCAGGCCGCAAUACGUCGUCCAGGCCGGUCAAGGUCGACCUUAAGAAGCUUGCCUUGGCUGAGUCCCACCCUGGCGAGUUAAACCUCGGCCGACCAGCGACACUGAAAAACUGGCAGAGUGGCAGCAGCGUGAGUAGUAGCGUGACUAGGCCCAACCUGUUCUCGGUGCUCGGCGACAGCAGUGGCUCGGACAUGGACGGACCCAACAACAACCUGCCGAUGUCAAAACAGUCGCACAGGCUGUAG